UAACGUACUUAAGUGAUAACAGCACUUUAUUGUUUUAUUUGGGCAAGAUGGCCGCCCGAAAUGUGUUGUGGUUAAUUUUCGCAUUCACAGCAAAUGCGGUCCUUGGCCAUAUUCCCUACAACGAGUACAACUUAGCAGAGCCUGAGGCUGCACAAUACUAUGUGUCCAGCUCCUACCCCAGAAAUACCAACGACAACAGCUUGGAACGGCUGACAGCGGUGCGCAGUGUUCUUCAAGAGAACGGGGUCGACGCCUACAUAGUGCCUACAGCUGAUGCUCACAACUCAGCCUACAUAGCCCCAUCGGACGCCCGCCGCGAGUGGCUAUCAGGUCUUCGGGGGUCGUCAGGCACUGUCCUGGUGACCAACAGCUUGGCUCUGGUCUGGACUGAUAGCCGAUACUUCACGCAGUUCGAGAAUGAGGUCAAUUUGGAGCACUUCACCUUGAUGAGGCAAGGCAUUGACGAAUCAAUCCAAACAUGGCUCGUGCAAAAUAUGGGCCCAUAUUCAGUUGUGGGGGUGGAUCCUACCACAUACACGCGGACUGCUUGGAACACAUUGGAGAGUGCUCUCACAGCGGUCAACGUCACUCUUCAAGCGACACCCGACAACUUAAUUGACAUCGCCCGGGAACGAAUCGACGACCCCGCACCUGCUCGACCCAACGAGCCGUUGAUGCCACUGGAAAUUACUUUUACUGGUAGACAAUCAAGUGAAAAACUGGCUGAAUUGAGGGAGCAGCUGUCUUCAAGAGGAGUAUCUGCUUUGGUUCUCACAGCACUUGAUGACGUGGCAUACACGCUGAAUCUUCGAGGAUCGGACAUCCCAUACAAUCCUGUCUUCUUCUCAUAUUUGAUACUACGCUCUGACUUAACGGCACCAAACAACACAAUACUGUUCUGGGGCGAUGGAGUUCUAUCGUCGGACAUCAUAGAACAUUUGGCGUCAGAAGGAACGCAGCUUGAAGUCCUCCCUUACGAGGACAUCUUCAGCUAUCUGGGAGAUAUGUCGAAUGAACUACCUAUAGGCAGUACGGUUUGGUUGUCCCAGGAUGGGAGCCAUGCGGUUUAUUCAGCUGUAGAGACGAGUGGCACAGUGAAUAUAUUGGCAACACUAAAUUCGCCGGUAGUUUUGAUGAAAUGUAUCAAAAACGAAGUGGAAUUGAGGGGAUUCCGGUCAGCACAUGUAAAGGACGGCAUCGCAGCUGUCAGAGGGUUCCGCUGGUUGGAGGAGCAGGUGGCCUCAGGAGUGGAAGUCACGGAGAUGGAUCUGUCUGACAAGCUUGCAGAGUUAAGGCGUAAUGAGACGGACAACUACGGGCCGUCUUUCUCUACCAUCGCGGGUGCUGGAGAGAACGGGGCCAUGAUUCACUAUUCUCCAUCGAGAGAGGGUCUUCAGAGAGUCAUCACGAAGGACGAUAUGGUGCUGGUGGACUCUGGUGGACAAUACAAGGACGGCACUACCGACCUCACUCGCACGCGGCACAUGAGCGGGUCACCUACUCCCGAGCAACGCCGCGCGUUCACACUAGUCAUGAAGGGCCAGAUUCAACUGGCCACCACCGUGUUCCCUCGAGGCACUGUUGGCCACACUCUAGAGUCCUUCGCUCGUAAAUACCUCUGGGACGUGGGUCUAACCUACGGCCACGGCACGGGACACGGCCUGGGACACUUCCUCAACGUCCACGAAGGACCCUCGUGGAUACUCAGCGGACCCAUCGCUACGGACCCUGGAAUAUCUGCAGCUAUGAUCUUCAGCAAUGAACCUGGGUACUACGAGGUGGGCCAGUACGGUAUAAGGCACGAAGACGUGGUGGAAGUUAUCGUGGUGGACAAAAACGCUGACCAUCCCAUGGCUGAAGGAAUGGUGGGCGACUUCGGCGGUCUUGGAGCCCUAGGGUUCUACACCAUCUCGCUGGUGCCGCAUCAGACCGCGUGUUUGGAUGUCAACCUGCUGACUGACUUUGAGAUAAAAUACCUUGACGACUACCACGCGCGAGUGCUGGCAACCCUGGGUCCGAUUCUGCAAGACCGUGACCUUUUGGAAGACUACGCCUGGCUCGAAAAAGAAUGCGCGCCAAUACGUAGCGCUGCUGUUCGGACGACGAUGCCCGUAUUGUUGGUCGCUUUUGUUAGCCUCUGGUCUUAUGUGAACUGAAGUUUUUAAUUUUAUAAUUAUAAAUAAGUUAAAAUUGU